GCCUCGCCUCGCUCUGCACUGCUUUCACUCACCCCUUGCCCCGUCCAAUCCCCUCGCCUCGCCUCCCUACGCCUCGCGUGGUGUCACUGGUGUGGUGGCCACAGCCAUUCCAUUCCGCACAAGAAUCCCAAUCGUACUCCGUUUGUGCCACGUCAAUCCCCCUCCCCCCCUCGCCCACUCCACCCAUCCCCUCCACCCAGCUUUUCUUUCCGCGCGUGUCUUGAGGUUGAUGCCGCGUUCCACCGGGCGGUACCGCAUUAAGCCGAGGAACAGUCCGGGAGGAGUUUGAUUCGAGUGGAGUCAAAGCCGAGGCUGAACAGACCAAUACCGAGACGAUGAUGAGUCGCACCGUGCUCCUCUCAGCGGCCGCCACGUGUCGCCAGCAGCGCAAUCUCCGCCGCUUGCUCUCCGUUGCGCCAUAUUCCGCCGCUGCUGCUCCGCCGCCCUUGCGCCCCUCCCCCCCAGCCCCGACCUCCUCUGCCGUCUCCUCCCCCGUGCCCGCGAACGGCUCCGCCUCCGCUUAUUGCGCCACUUCCGCUCAUUCCGCCUCGUUCUCUUCCACCUCGUCCGCUUCUCCUGCCGGCUUCCCGUUCACCCCCGCGCGCCUCGCGUCGUGCGCUGAACCGCACCGCCUAUUCACGACCAGCGGGAGCAGCAACAGCAGCAGCGGUAACGGCGGGAGUGGGGGGGGAAGGGAGGGGACGAUGUCGGGCGCGGCGGCGGCGGCGGCGGCGGCGGCGGAGAGCGCGGCCGCGGAAAACGACUUUAGCGCGGCGGACCUGGUGAUUCAGGAGUCCACGAGACCCAAGCCGCCCUUGAGUCUGCGCGAGCUCAAGUUCGGGUCGCAGUUCUCGGAGCACAUGCUGCUGGUGCCAUGGCGGCGCCAGCACGGGUGGGCCUUCCCCGUCAUCAAGCCCGUCGCCCCGUUGCCGCUGCACCCCGCCGCGCAGGUGCUGCACUACGGCAUGGGGUGCUUCGAGGGCAUGAAGGCGUUCAAGUCGGCCAGCGGCAUCAUCCGCCUCUUCCGCCCCGACAAGAACAUGGAGCGCCUCGCCUCCUCCUGCCACCGCCUCAACCUCCCCCCUUUCAGCACCGUGGAGCUGCUGGAGUGCAUCAAGGCGCUGCUCAAGGUGGACGAGCACUACAUCCCACCGUCGCAUGGCUACUCCGCCUACAUCCGCCCCACCGUCAUCGCCACCACGCCCUUCCUCGGCGUCGGCCCGCCCACCGAGGUCCUCCUCUACGUGCUCCUCUCCCCCGUGGGCCCCUACUUCCCCUCGGGGCUCAAGCCCAUCCGCCUGCUGGUGGAUUCGCAGCACGUGAGGGCAUACCCGGGGGGCGUGGGCGACAAGAAGGUGGCGGGGAACUACGCCCCCACUAUCCUGCCGCAGGUGCAGGCAGCGCACAAGGGGUGCUCGCAGGUGCUGUAUGUGCUCAAGGACAGGGACGUGGGAGAGGUAGGAGGAGUUGGAGGAGCAGCAGCAGAAGCAGGAGGGGCAGGAGGGGCAGGUGGGGCAGGAGCAGGGGAGGAGGAGGAUGGGUUGAUAGGCGAAUCUGGGUCGAUGAACAUGUUCUUUGUGUUGAGGAAGCCGGGCGGGGCGAGGCACGGCACGGGCAGUGUGGAGCUGGUGACGCCGAGCCUGGACGGCAUGAUCCUGCCGGGCGUCACCCGCGACUCCGUGCUGCAGCUGGCCCGCUCGUGGGGAGACAUGGACGUCAGUGAGCGGCCCAUCCGACUCAAGGAGAUCCGGCAAGCGCACGCAGAAGGGCGGCUGCUGGAAAUAUUUGGGACAGGCACAGCUGUGGUGGUGCAGCCCGUCUCAGCCCUCGUCCUUUCCGACGGCACUGAACUCUCCACACCUGUGGAAGACGCCACGCUGGCGCACUGGACCAACAAGAAGCCCGGGCAGGCAUGGGAUAAGCCCGAGGACUGGGAGCCGCUGAGCGUGGCAGCGCGCGUGCACCGGGCGCUGAUGGAUAUUCAGUAUGGGCUUGUGGAGCACCCGUGGAGUGUCAAGGUGGAGUGAAGCUGAGCAUCUAGGGUUUUAUUUGUACGAAGGGGGGUGCAGAGAGGGGACACCUUGGUUAUAGGAGGAUAACACGCCAUUCUGCAGGGACUGGAGGCAUUGGGAGUGCAUCAGCUGCACCAAUGGGUUCAUACCGUAUCUUGGGUCAUUUUUGAAACGGUUUGAUAUUUUUAUGUUGUAAAAAAUGUAAUUACUUAUGUCUCCGCAUCUUACUAACAAUGC